CAGGGCGGGGGGUACGAAAGAGGAACUCGGGGGCGCUGGCCUCAAGUGGGAACACCUUUGCAUUCUUCCUGAGGACCAUGGAAAGGAAGUGCGUCUGCUGCUGUGAAAAGAUGUCCGUGGCGCCGAGGUGCCCCUGCGGCGUGCUGCUCCCACCCUGCAGCCGCGUUUAGCAAGUGCACAGUCUUCCUGGAGGUGACUCACCUGCGAGAAAACACGCAGCAGUGUCUGGGCAGAGUCACCCUGUGGUUUAAAUUUGUUGAGUAGUGCAGAUGACAUCACUCGAGCCUGUGUGAUGAUCCCACCUCGUUCUCUCGUGUUAGAAAUGUGAAGUGAAGCCAGGCCUGCUGACCUGGGAUCCCAGCACCUGGGGAGGCUGAGGCAGGGGGAAUCCCAAGUUCCAGGCCAGCCUCAGCAACUGAGUGAGUCUCAGUCUUAAAAUAAAAAAUAGAAAGGCCUGGGGGUGCAGCCCAGUAGCAAAGCAUGUAUGUCAACGAUACCAAAAAGCAGAACAAGCAAACGUGGUGUGAGUACUAAGCCACAUGGUGGUCAGGUGUCAAGUGUUAGGGCGAAGUCUGCGAUGUGUUUGGCCCCUGGAUCCCUCUACCUAGGACUACCAUGUCUGCCUGCCCCAGGUACCUGGCUGCCCACAGGGAAAACAUCUGGUCCCUGAGACCAGAGGUGUGGUGACCUCGCUUGCAAGACACCAACCCAGUGAACCUGCUGCAGAGAGAUCAGGCCUUGGACCCUGGGCCUGCAGAGCACAACUGUCAGGCCCAUGAACUCUGAGCCCCCUGGCCAAGCUUUCUACUGACCACCUGGGUGAGGAGCGGAUGUCUGCAGCUCUUAUUCUGGAGGGGCAGCUUGUCGCCCCCGCACUGCCCUCUCUCCAGGCCCCUCUGUGCCCUGGCUCCUGGCAUGGCACUGCAGCGCUUCACGCUCCUGGCUGGCCUUCUGGUGGGAGUUGCCAGCAAAUCCACAGAAAGCGAGGCCCAGCAGCCUGAGUGCUGUGUGGACGUGAUGGACGCCAACACCACAUGCCCAGGCACAGGCCUGUGUGGCCCAGGCUGCUACAGGCGCUGGAACGCGGAUGGGAGCACCAGUUGCAUCCGGUGCAGGAAUGGGACGUUGCCGGGCUAUAACAGCUCCGAGUGCAGAAACCUUGCUGCGUGGAGUGGGCAGUUCCCCGUGAACAGGAGCACAGGGCUGCCUGGACGGCCGCAUUUUGGGGGUCCCCACGUGGCAGCUUCCCUCUUCCUGGGGACGUUCUUCAUCAGCGCGGGACUCAUCCUCUCUGUGGCUGGGUUCUUCUACCUCAAGCGCUCCAGUAAGCUCCCCAGGGUCUUCUCCAGGAGAGACAAAGCCCCGGCCCUGCAGCCUGGCGAAGUCGCUGCGAUGAUCCCCCCACCACAGUCCUCAGGUGUUGAGACUGAGAGAGGAGAACCCAGCACAGGGCCUGACCUUCCCCUGCACCCCCUCCAGCCCUGCUCAAGUCCAGCUCUGCUUGAAAGUGCGAAAGCCAAGAUACGUCAGGCGCGAGCGGCCUCUGGACAGGGCCGUGGACCCUUCUGCCUUCUCCACAGCGGAGGCCCGUGUCAGCAACGUCUGACCUGGAAGCUGACCAAGACUCCACCACCUGCAUCAGUGGAGGCCAGAGGACCCUUCAAUGAGCCCAGCAGCCCCCUUGAUGAGCCCUGCACACAAAGGGCCAUGUCACCUGGGGUUUGGGACAGGCCGGACCUGGCUCCCAGUGAGUGACAGGCUGAGUGGGAACCCACCCACUGGUUCCUGAUCCUCUUGCUCCACCCACACUGCUUGGUUUGACCAACCAGGAGCAGGCAGAUGUGAGACUGGGGGGCUCAGGAGCAAGGUGUGGGGUUCAGGCCCUGCAGGAGACAUAGCAAAGUCCUAGUGGCCCCAGCUUGAUCCACGUAGCCAAACUUUUAGGGCCUGUGGGGGCCCCUAGACUGCUCUGCACCUUGAAAAACCAGGGGACGCUCUGCCCUCUGGAGUCCAUGGCAGCAGGACCCCCUCCAGUACCACCAGGCCCAGUGGACCCCACGCAACCUCUAAGAGGAGUGCGGCUGCAGCAGCAUGUGGCUGUGCACCAGCUGCCUGAGACAGGCCUCCAGGUGUCCUGCUCUGUGGUGGCUGGGAGGCCACAGCCACACGUCCCCAGGAGCUGCCGAACGACGCUCUGGUGCUGCUGAUGUCUUGCUGUUUUUAAGCAGAAAUUCAUCAGGUGGAAAAGGCCCUGAGGCACUGCUGUCCCAGUCCCAGGCCUUGACCCCCGGGCAUGACAGACUGGCCAGCAGAUACCCAGGCUGGGCACCCACAGUGGAGUGUCCAUCCACAGGGCCUCCACAUCUAAACGCCACAGGUUUGCUGGGCCUGUGGAGGGCAUGCUGGCCAGCAGUGCUGGCCUGGUGGUCCUGUUGCAGCUGCCCCAGGCCACCAGACGCUGCCUGCACAUGACCAACCUGGGUGGGGGCACUAGCCAGGUCUUCUUAUAGAGGAGGCUUGAUGGUGACCACCUCCUGUGUACUGGGCUCAACACUCAGUGGUCUCUCACAGUCCUCAGGUGUCCCGCUCAGUCUGGCCCACUUCGGGCGACCUGACCAUGCUCUUGGCACUGUGAUGCGUCUCCUCAUCUGUGAGUGGUGGACUCACUCCCUGAGGCUGGCCAGCCACUGGCCUAGCAGCAGAAGUGGGGAGCUGAUCUGAAGCUGAGUCAAGUAAACUGUCCAGAGCUUCUCCUUCCAUGCCUCCUCAGGGUCAAGGGUCAUCUGUUCUUUUAAACGUGUGUGGGUGCCACCCCUCCCAGGCUGGUGCCACCCACCCUACUGCCAUAUGCAGGGGACAGAGAGACAGCAGGGUCCUAGAGUGCUACCGCCUGGUUCCUGGUCAAGGGCCUCAAAUCAUGGACCACGUGUGGCCUCUGCCAAGGGCCCAUCCAGUGCUUUCAGGGUAUCCCCCAGGACACAGCUUGCUCCAAAGUCCCCUGUUGGAGAGGGCCACCCAAGGCUCCUUAGGACCCAAGAUGGGAAGACGUGGGCAUCUCUUCCAGGCUGUUCUGGAGAACGGCCAGGCCUGGCAAGGGGCACACAGACAGGGCCAAGGAGACCUGGUAGGGCAUUGCCAGGCCCCAUUCACACCCCCAGAGACCCCCAGGGUGAGGCUACAAGCAGCAUUCUGGGGGCCAAACUCACCCUUGGGGAAACCCCUGUGCCCUGGCCCCUUGAGCCCAGUGCAGCAGUCCCUCCUCAAGCCCGUGGCCAGUGGCUCUUUGGAGGGUCUGGUGGGCAUAGAGGCAUUU